GAUAAUAGCUGUAGCGAAGUAACAGAAAAAAUCCCACAUCGGUACGUACGUGAUAAUUGUGUUAUUCUAACGACAACUCGACCGUGGAAGCUUGGAGUUGCAAAUCUCAAAACAAGUCAAAUAAACAAAAAAGUAGAAUUGGUUCAAUUAAGUGCAGAUUCUACGCAGCAACUUGAAGAAAAUGCUAUAAGAAAAAUGACCGGUGUCCGUGACGAUAGAGUACUGAAGAGUAAAAGACGGGACUUUAAUGAAGUGAUAUGUGACCGUCGCCUAGAACACAUACAAGUGAUUCCACUCCUCCUUAUGUAUAUAGUUUCCCUAUGGUGUAACAACAUUCCUAUUGGAAAUUCAAAACAUGAAAUUUACACCAAUAUCAUUGAAUUUCUAUUAUCAAGAACGUCAAAGAAACACCCGGAAGUUCAACCACGUCGUGAAUCGUCUACUAGUGAAAUUCCAGAAUACUUCAAAAGUCAUGAAUUUUGUAAAAAGUUUUACAGUCUUAUAAAAUCAUUAGCGGAACUAGCUUACCAAACAUUAUUUAACGAAACAAGAGAAAAUACGCUGGUAUUUGAUAGAAUGGUUGCUGAUAUAUAUCUCAAAGCAGACGACAUGAAAUUAAGUCUUCUCUCAGGAAUACUGUCAGAAAGUAGAAGUAAAACUUUAAUUAAAGAAAUUAGUAAAGUAUCGUUUUCUCACAAAACAGUGCAAGAAUUCUUUGCCGCCAUAUUUAUAAGUUCUCAAAGUGUUCUAGAAAAAUGUAGAAGUGUUCAAGAUAUUCUGGACAUGUCAAAAAUUUGUGAAUUUAUAAGUAAAAUGAAUGCUGACCGGAUGUGUGAAAUAUCAAAUGAUUCGAUGUCUGUGAUAAAUGAAGACGAGAAAACACGUGACUAUAGAACUAGGACAGGUCGCGAGGACACGUACAAUACUCCAUUGUAUAACAUACAGGAAAUGUUCAUGUCGUGUUUACAAGAAAUGCCUGAAAGUGAAAAUAUUCAAUUAUGUUUACAAGAUUUCUUCAUUGACCGGCGCACCGUGGACAGUAAGCUGUUACAACGUUUGUUAAAACAAAAUAAAACCAACAUAAAAUCACUUUAUAUAAACACCAGCCUUACUUCCAGCAGUUUACGUGAAAUUAUAGAUUUAUUCUCUCUCACAGAUCUCAGUCAUAUACAGAAACUUUACUAUAGUGGUGUCAGCGAGAAGGAGGCCGAGAUAAGCCGGAUAUUGUUUCCCAGUUUACAGAACGUUACUUUGUUGUCUGGUACAUUGAUAAAUGAUGAAGAAAAUCUGAGGGAAAAUUUAGCGCGAAUACAAAACUUACAAUAUUUCUAUAUUGUCGGCUUCACGUUAUCUCACAAAAUACUGGAAACAUUUUUCAAUUUUAUCUCCGCUCAAAAAUCAAUGAAAGAGUUAAAAUUGAGAAGGUUAGACUGUAAAGAACAUGGCGACCAUGAUUGUAAGAGAUGGAACUUGGACUUGUCUCAACAUUCAACUCUAUCAAAGUUACGCUUGUGGCUGUUACCUGUGAGGCUACAAUUAAAUAUAACAACACCGUCAUUAGUUUAUGUUACGUUGGACGACAUCAAUCUAGAUAAACGUUCAUUGUUACUGUCACGUGACAUGUUGAAUAUUGAACGUGUGAAGUUGGGGUAUAUAGAAAUGUCUCCCGGAAGUUUACAGAACUUUAUUAUCGUGCUGAAAAAUCUUCCGCAGUCAUUAACAGUAAAGAUGAGAUACAUUAGACCGAGGACAGCAUAUGACCGUGUUAUAGAAAAUAUUCGGAGUUCACACACUUUUCAUGUGAUACAAGACGACUGGUGGGGAGGAGUGAUUGAGUUCAAAACAAUAAAACCAAGUAAAGAAUAAACAAAGAAAAAACAUUGUGAAAUAAACUGAUGAAAUAACUUCAAUGAUUUUAAUUAUAAAUGGACACUUAGAAAGGACACUUAGAAAACAAAAUGGCGGUUUCUUCAACGUUAUAUAUGUACUGUAUAGUUAGUAUAUUUAAUUUACAAACAUUAAUUUCAGUUUAAAGUUUAAUUAAGUGACAGUUGUUUAUAAAUAAAUAAAUAAAAACAAUUUUAAGAUGAGAAAUAAUUCAAGGAAGUUUUUUACCGGAAGUUAAUGGAUAACUUGGAAUUAGGAUUUGGAAAUAUUUUACAGUGGCCUAAUGGAUCAAAAUUUCCGAUUCUUUGUUGUGCAUAAUCUCCCAUGACAUUUACAUGGAGCAUUGUGUGAUGAUAGAUCAAUUUGUAGAUUUGUUUUUGAAAAACUUCCCAUUGUCUUGAAUUUCAGCAAUACUAAACCUACAGAGUCAAUGAGGACAAUCACAACUGUUUGGCUUUUUAUCCAUCAAUCUCCAGAUGAUUAUCAGUGGGAUGUUCUGAAUGACAAAGAUGUUAAAGUUCUUCAAUAGUUCGAUAUUAUGAUUUCACACCUGAUACCUGGCUGUAUGGGGACAGACGUGGAUUAAAUUUGUGAUUAAUAGCAGCAGAAAAAUGGAAACAAAAUAGAAAAUUUUUGCAUCAAACAGAUAUCUGUUUUGUACAAUUAGAAUUUGAAUCUCAAAGGACAAUUACAUCAAGACCACUGUCAAAUAUUUCAGUAUUCCUUUAAAUAAACUUUUAUGUUAAAAAGAUAAUUGAAAUAAUUUGAUUUAAUUAGAUAUACAGUACAUGUAUAAGUCUGUUUCUGCAAUUUAAGACUGAUAUUAUAUAUCAAGAAUUGUUAAAUUAUUUUUUAUUGAAGGCCUAUUACACUUUAGAAUUUCUAUCAGUUUUAUUUCAUUUUUUCAAUACUUUUUAUUUUAGUUAUUGUGUUACAGUUUCCAAAAAUAAACCCUUUUGCCAAUUAUACAUAAUUUCUCUAAUGCUGAUUUUGUUAUGUUGGCAAUUGCUAUAAUUUAAGUUAAUUAAUAUUAGUAUGGAAGUCAAAAUUCAGUGCUAUAUUUUUUCACUUGUUAAACAUCUAACAUGCCCUUAAACCAUUAUCAAAACAUUUUUGUUAGAAAAUGCUUGAACUUGCUUGAAUUUGCUAGAGACUAUCUAUUUUCUUAGGUAUAAUGUGCCUUGUUUAGUAUAGCGUACAGUUUGUUAAUCAGCAUUAAGGGAAUUUCGUCGCUCUGGUCUGGCACAGCCAAGUGACAGAUUUAGUAUUGACAAAUUUAGUAUCGGUUUAAAGACUGUAGUUGUUGUCAGCAUAAGGAAACUACAUUAAAUUUUGUUCUGUGUUGAUAAAAUGAACUUAAAUUUAAAAUAUACCACUAUAUUUGUAACACAAAAAAUUACCAUAUUAUAUAGAGGAUUUUUGUUUGUUUUGCAUGUAAAAUUGAAUUAUAUUUCACUGAGUUAACACCAGAUGCAAUAUUUUCAUGAGUGGCGUAAAAGCCACGAGUGAAAAUAUAAUAGCUGGUGUUCACGAAUGAAAUAUAUUUCAAUCUUAUAUGUAAAACAAAUAAAUUUUCUUUUUAUUUCAUGCUUUUUAAGUGAUGUUUAGUAUUUUUUACUGAUUUUGCCACGUAAUGUCGCACAUUCUCCUUUAUGACGUCAUAAUAUCAUGACGUCACAUCAUCAAUUUUGAAAUAUAGUUCUGUUAAAUUUCUCUAAUUUUGUUACAUUUUUAAAAUGAUGUACAACUUCCUUUCCCUAAAGAAGCAAAAUUUACGACUUCCUUUUCCAAAAGAAGCAAAAUUACGUAUGAGUUACUGCAUUUAUUUUUGCCCGUUAUUCCAGUUAGUUAUGAUAUUCUUUUCAUCCGCAUUCAGAUAUAGUCCGGCUACAGUGAAAAUUAUAUUUUAUAAAUUUCACUAGUGGUUUAUCAGAAUACAAUUAUCUGAUAUAUUACAGUAAACACUGGAAAGCAUGAAAUAAAAAAAAAACAAUAUAUAAUUUAAACCACUUAUUCUAGUAUUAUAUGUAUUACAAAUGUAUAGUUUUGUAAAUAGUUUUUGAAGUGUGUAUGAUAUUUACAUAUACAGUUUCGCUCUUCUUUUUAAUAAUUCAGUUUUCUGAACAAAAUUAAUGUUCACAUAACAUUUUUUUUUUAUUUUGGCGAUACACGGAAAUUAUGUAUAUGAAGAUACAUUAUGAUUCUGACAGGUUAAAUUGCCCAAUAUUACAAACUUUAAGUAUGUAACCAAAGUCACGAGGUGUUGGUUAUAUAACAAACAACAUUUCAUGCACGGCCAUAUAUAACAUUUCAUAAGUCUUUAUAACCAAAUUUUGAUAUUGUUCUCAUGGUUCCCUUUGCUUCGAAACAUUAAAUGAUAAUUUGCAGUUAUAAAGAUUCUGAAUUUGUUAUGGCUGUUGGCAUAUACGAGGGUUGUCCAAAAAAUUCGUGCACUGCAGUUAUUCAUAUUGUCGUGAGAGUUACCAAUAAAAACAAAUAAAUUAUAACGUUAAAGAGAAAUCUGUCUCAAAUAAGAAAACAAAAAGAAAAGCCGAGUAACCGGCGUGUCGUGUAAAAGAAUGGUCUUUGAGUUACCUAAGUAACGUAAUACCGGCGCACGACAAAAUAUGGGGUUAGUUCAUUACUGUAAUUGUAUUAGUCGUUCAUUGCUUGUAAAGUAGUAUUUGCUUUUUUAUGUUAAAAUUUGUUUCACUGUCAAUAGAGCAAUGAUUGAUGCAAAGUAUUGUGUAGUUUUUAUUGUUUUUAUGCAACGUACAUGUAGCAUAUUCCACCAGUGCAGGAAUAUAUUGGACAACCCUCGUCACAUGCGCCGGCAUUACGGACGGACGUCUGCCUGACCGGUUGUCAUAGUCUACCGACUCUCUUUCUCUUUCACAGAGCGUUUGUGUCAUUUAAUUAAAACCAUCCUUCGUGACACUGAACUUGUCCCGCUUGCCCUUUUAAGUUCUUCGUAUGUAUUUGUUGGUGUUUUACCAAUAUUUGCACCAAAUUUAAUGAUCGUCCGUAUUUCCAGACGUUUAGCGACUGACAUUUUCACGUAAUAACAGUAUUGCCGACCACACACAAAUGUUUGUUUACGACUAUCACAAUAGGGCAAAUGACGCCAUAUUUUCUAAAGACGUUAGGAAUACGUACACACACUUUUCCCUGAAUUUUAACGUUAAUAUGUAGUGUUUUAAGAAUACCGUGAUGCAUCAAAGUAAUGAACUAACCCAAUUUUUUGUCGUGCGCCGGUAUAACGUUACCAAGGUAACUGUAUGACGAUUGGUUUUCAGGACAUGCCGGUUACAUGUUUUUUUGUUGUUUUUUUUUCUAAUUUAAGAUAUAUCUCCCCUUCAAGUGAUAUAUAAUUAAUGUUUUUCUAUCAAUAACUCACACGACAAUAAGUGCAGUGCACGAAUUUUUUGGACAACCCUCGUAUAACCCGAGCUGCUAGGUGAGGAUUAUAUUGCUUACAACAGUUACUGUUUAUAUAUGGCCAUAUUACCUGUGAAGAAUCUGAUAAUGAAUUUACAAUGGAGCAAAAUUCCUUCAUGACAGAAAAAUAAAGAAUUUAUAAAUUGACAGAGUGGUGUAUAUAGUAUUUAUAAAUGUCAUGAUUAUCCCAUGAAAAGUGAAGUUUCAAGUGUGCAGUAUAAUUUAAUUAAACUGUAUAUUUGUGUUACCAUUGAUUUAUUUUAGCUAGUGUAUGAUUUAUCUUAUUUGUAAAUAAUCAUUGUUUGGAGUGAUAUCACUUUAAAGCUGCAUGCCUCAUAGAUAAGGACUACGGUAGAAUAUUGUACAUUUUGGAGAUAAAUUUGAUAACAAUGUUGAAAGGCUUGAGUAUUUUAAUGACAAUACAGAGUGCACUUCUGAACAAUAGCAUUCUCAAUAUCAAAUUGCACAUUUUUUCUAAACUGUCAAUAUAUAUUUAUAAUGGAUAGAUAUGAUAUGAAUCAACUAAGCAUGCUUUUCAAACAGCAUGCCUCCGGAUUCUGUGAAAAUUUGGAAGAUGUAUUGAAAAGGAAAAAAUUGUGAAGUGAAAAAAGAAAGUAAUUGAAUACAUUGCAAACGAUGCUUACAAUUUCAUAUAAUUCACAUAAAUUACCAAAAAGAAGUGAAAAUAUGUUGUUUAUAUACCCCUUUCUAUGUUAGUAUAGGGAUGUUUUCAUUAUAUAAAUUAGUCAUUAAUCUUACAAAACAUGUAAAUUGUAUAAUUAUUAAAUGAAUCAUAAAUCUUUUUACUUUUGUUAAAAUAUGAGUACAUUUUUCUCAAGUUUGAUUUUAUUGAACUAUUUAAGCUGAUCUGGAGGCAUGCAGCUUUUAAGAGCUGAAUGGAUUUUUUUAUUUGAAUUUGUGUAUAUAGAUAUGCGUAUUGUAUAAAUUUCUCUUAAUAUUUGUAUAGAAUGUAAAAUAAUAAAAGGAAAUUUUUGGGUUUAAGUGAAAUAUUUAAUAUACGGUAUUUUCACGAAAUAUGAUGAGCGGUUCGAAUUCAAUACACAAUUUAUCACAGCCAUAACUGUCUUGAAAAGACAAAAACAUUACGAGAUAAUUUCUGAUGAUGAAAUGAAUUGCUGAAGAUAGUCUUUGCAAAAAAGAAACAUCUUAGAAAGUAGUUACUUUCAUAUUUAUUUUUUAUAUUUGUUUUUUCACAAAUAUGAUAUAUAUUUGGCUGAUAUAGCACCAUAUUUCAUGGAUAAAAUUAAAUAAAUUCUUUUAUUUUUCCUAAUACUGGAAAUUAUUAAAGCGACACGCCUCCAGUUUAUAUAAAUUAACCCAUUUAAAAUGGCCCCCAUUCUUAUCUGGAGCGUAAUACAUAUUUACUUAAUGUUUUUGAAAUACAGAUUGUAUAUGAUAAUUUUUUUAAACUUUAUUGGUUGAUACAAUUCAUUGAGAAUUUGAGCGCAGUGCACAAAAAUGAUAUUUCUUCCCAUCAUAAUUUUUAAUUAUUUCCCUUUUUGUUUUGAAAGUGUCCGUAAUUUUCAUUUAAAGUUUGUCUUCUCUUCAUAGUGUAACACAAAAUGUAUUUGAGAUGUAGACUGGAAACUUCAGAAGUAUUUUGGUUCUAUAUGAAUUUAGAUGUCCUGUAAAUUUCAAUGAUGAUAUUUGUUUUGAAAAUGUCCUUUGUUGUCAUUUAUAGUUUGUGUUUUCUUAGAACACAAACUGUUUUUGACGUAUAGACAUGAAACUAAAAUCAAUGAUGAUUUCUGUUUUGAAAGUGUCCUUUCUUUCAUUUAUAGUUUAUUUUAUAACAUAUAACAUAAUUAUGUUAUAUAAUCAUGUAUAUUUGCAUGCCAUACUACCAGUCUUACAGUUUCGUUUCGGUAAGACUGAUUAAAUAUGGGAUUAUUGGUAUAAUAGGAAUUUAUAUGAUAUAAACCAUGUCUCUUGCCUCAAUAGUGAGGUAAGAUAAACUUAUUUAGUUUAAUAAUUGAGCCGUGUCAUGACAAAACCAACAUAAUGGGUUUGCAACCAGCAUGGAUCCAGACCAGCCUGCGUAUCCGCGCAGUCUGAUCAGGAUCCAUGCUGUUUGCUAUCAGUUUCUCUACUUGUAAUAGAGUCGGUAAGCGAACAGCAUGGAUCCUGAUCAGACAGCGCAGGCUGGUCUGGAUCCAUGCUGGUCGCAAACCCAUUAUGUUGGUUUUGUCAUGACACGGCUCAAUUUAUGUAAUGUAGUGAAAAUUUAUUAUGUUUGUUGUCAACCUACUUCAUAGAUUAAUAUGGUAAAUUAUAUCAUUUUUUGGGUAGCUAAACAUUUCCAGAACAGAACAUUUAAUUCAUGCAAUCAUUUUAACAGAUAGGAAGUACAUGAGACAAACAUAAAAUAAUAUUUGCAUUAUUCUACAUUCUUACGAAUAAGUUGUUAUUAUGACCUUCUCCAGUAAAGUCAUAAUUAUAUUGUGAUAAUGUUUUGUAUGUUAAUAUAUGCACUGUUCGUUAUCUUGUAAAUAUGCUGUAUUAUGUCAUCAUGAGCUUAUUAGCCUUAUUUGAUUGAAAUAAAUUGUCUGACUGUCUUUCUUUGUAUAAUACAAAAUCAAUUUGAGAUAUAAAUUGUUAAAAAGGAGAAGUUUAGUGGGCAAGAAUGAAAAUUUAUCAUUUGCAUUUUUUUUAAUUAUUGCGUUUGAAAUUUGUCAUGCUUUACCAUUUUGUUAUAAUUUUCAUGUUUUAUUGUUGUACUGUUUCUCUUUUGCAUUAUUUUCAUCCAGAACUUAAUUCAUCAAAGCUUUAAUGUUAAAGUUACUAAUUUGAAACGAAUGAAUGAUUAUGCAGUUGACAAGAAUGUCAACUCUCAAUUUUAUAAUAUGAAUUUCUUGUCAACUCUCAAUUUUAUAAUAUGAAUACUUUAUUUUUAUUCUUAACACAAUAACUCAAAACGUUAUUGAAAUAUAAUGGCUCGAAUUAAAAAAAAAGAAAAACGGAAUCCUUAAAGAACGCCCAAAAAAUCAAAAUUGAAAAAAAAAUGUUGUAGGCUCGGAGCUUUUAAGAUUAAAACCCUUUCCAUGUAUUGGAAUGUUAAUGCACCAGUUUUUCAAAAUUUUAUUCCGAGUGGCGGAGAAAUUUAAAGUCUGCUAUCACUGCCUUUUGUAUAUUUUUAUCCUGCUACUGUCUUAUGAUAUUAUCAGCUGGAAAAAGCCUUGCCGGAUAACCUUAUCUAUUUCCAGUCAGUAUGUCACAUGGUUAAGCAAUGCGUAUGAAUACCAACUAUUUCACGGACUACUUUUAUUUCAUGGACUAAUUUCUUUCAUACUUCUCCACGCUCUUGAUUUUGUCAAAUAAAAGAUUAUUAUGGCUUAUUUCAGUUAUGUUUCCUGUCAUAAUGAAUAAUAAACAUUAUUACAUGUA